ACGCGAGAUAAAGUAAGUUACAUUCAUUCAACUAUAGGUUGGUAACAAGUGGUUUGAAUUUGAGGUUCUUGGUAUUAGUUUGGUGCAUUGCACCCACACCCAAACGCAUAGACUUAACAUGUUGGGUUAUCAUUAUAACACGGUUAUUAUGUUUCAUACACCGCGUGCCCGCCCAAUGGGAUACCACAUAUGUGGCUUUGUGGGUGGUAUGAAGUGCGAGUGAUAUAUUUUCGAGGGUGAUAUAUUUUAUUUUUCUGACUUUCCUGUUUUUUGGUUUUUAACUCAUUAAUCAAAUAUAAUUGGACAAGAAUCGGAACAGAAUUCGAUCAGCAAUUGAGGUAACUUCUGAGUUUAAAGUCUUGUCAGCAGAUUCAUUUUUUUGAAAUAGGUCAUUCCGCGUUCUCCUAACGCACAAUAUGGGGGUUUUCGGCAAUUGUCUGUUUUCUACCAAAACAGUCAAGCUAGUUUAAAUUUGUUUUUUUACAACGCCUGUAUUUUGACUACUGAUGCACCGGGACAAAUGGAAAUCAUUUAAUCAAAUUAUAGGAUAUUUAGUAAAAAGUAAUAAAAAGCAAAAAAAAACAUUAUUAUGACUUGUUGAUUUACCCGCUAAGCUUUAGUGGUUUAAUAGGAAUCUUAAAAUUGUAUCAAAAACGAAAUAAAAUAAAAUACUUUCGAAUUUAAACACGAUUUAAAUACCUUUUAUUGUUACGUAAUAAUAGCGACUCGUUCGAGGAUUGUUUCGACACAAAGAAGGCAGAACUCACAACAUAUCAGUUGUGACAUCACAAUGCCGGAGCGUUUUCAACUCCUUUGUUAUUUCAUUGUGAUCUCAUAAUCGAGGAAAGAAUAAGAACUUGAGAGUUUUCAUAAUAAACAACUCGAGGACGAAUCGCGGGUUUGACGUUUUACUAAGUUUGGCAACUUAGCGUGGAAGGUUUAUCUUAUUUCGUGAGGUUUGUGAUACAAUUCGUGAGGUUUGAAAUCGUGAGAUUUAUUCAUAAACGUGAGUUUGUUCGUGAAGGUUGUUCAUAUAUGACAGUUUUGAUGGAAAGUGUUAGUAUACUUAUCCAUGUCUGCCUUUUAAUUAGCUUAUUAGCUGUAACAGUGGCCAGAUAUCUAUAGGCCUAUGUAGGUAUCGCAUGGAAUUUAUUAAGUGUCCCUUUUCUAAAUGUUCUUUUAAUCUUUGCUUAACCAGCAAAACUCUGCUUUUCUAACCUACAUUUGUGCAUACAGCCGACUAUUCAAUAUAGGCCAAUAUAAGGUUGUGUUGAUUUACGCAUUGACCUCAAAUUCCUUGAUUUCCCGCAAGUGGUUACAAGAAGACAUUCACCAUGUAUAUGCAAUCCCCUUUGCCUGCUGGCGACCCACAUCAGUUCGAUUUGUCAAGAGCUCUUGCAGGUUUACAAACCAAGUUAUCAAGUGAGGAAUACAAUAAGAUAUGGCAGGAGUUACGUCAUUCGGGUAAAGAGCUCGACGACUUCUACGAAGUAAGUCGAACGAGCACUUUUAAGUUCAAGGACGACUAUGACGUCAUAAAAAAGACGGAGCGAUUGAACGAAGCGUUACGUCACAGAUAUUACUCCGCGUUGGCGACAAAGAAAAAACACGAAGAAGACAGAGACAAUUAUUUCAAGAAUGAAGAAGAACUUUCACAGUUAAAAGGAAAUUUUAUCGAAGAUUCUCAAGAACUCGCUCUAGCGAAUUCCCGCUACGUAGAUUACAACCAAAGGUUUUCGCUACAGCGGGAAACGUUGAUCGUACGUAUGCUUGAUGACGUCAGCAAAGUAAACGAAAAAAACGAAAAACUAAGAAACGAUAAACAACGUAUUAAUAAAGAACUUCACGAAGCGCGUUCGGAUCUUGCUGAUUCCAGGAACAAAGUUCGGGAGGUGGAAAAGCAAAAGGAAGAGCUGACUGAAUCUUACAAAGCUUUGGAGAAUAAACGAGAUUCGUUGAAGAAAGAAGGAGAAUGGUUGUUACGUCAGAAUAAUAAAUUAAAAGAGGCAAACACUCGGUCGGAAAAAGAAAUUUCAACUUUAAACGACAAGUUGGAGAAGAUGGCUGAGGGUUUGAAGCUUGGGGAAGACGCCAUGAUGGAAUUGGAACAAAAAUAUUCGGAGUUGUCGAUUACAUCUUCACAACAAGAACAACUGAUACGAGCCCUUCGCUCCCAGCUUGAAAGAGCAAAAGAGGAGAUGGAUAAUAAAGAAAAAAACUGGGAGGAAAGAAGGAACUCCAUGACGUCACAGAUGGAAGAGAUGAAAAAGAAAAUGGAGGAGUCACGCUUGAAUAAUCAUAACACGAUAAUGAGAAAUCAGAAAUUAAGAGAAAAAUUAAAAGCAGCCAAUCACAAGGCAGAUGUUGUGACACGUGACAAACUAGGAGCAGUUUUGAAAGAAUACAAAACCAGACGAACCAAUCAAGAACUGACUUCGAAACAAUUACAAUUAAUUGGGGAAGUUUUAGAAUUAAAAGAAGAAUUUUUCCGCGACCAAGUUCGGGCUGCGCGGGGUGGGAGACUAAAUAGAAGAUUGAAUGGCGAAGUUGAUUACUUGAAAAACAGGAUACGACUUAUAAGAGAAAAUCCGACCGCAGUCGACCCGCUAGACGGCGUACAAGAGUAUAGAGAGGUUCUCACGCGACAACGAUUCUCUCCAAGUCUAUUGUUACGCCACGAGGAGUUUCAUCCAAUCACAAGCGAAGAAAUCCGACCAAUCAAAUCGUUCGCGAAAAAAGCGUCAAGUUAGCGCACGUUACAGUUAAAUUAUAAUGACGUAAUUCAAAUACCAUGACGUCAAAUGUAGUGACGUAGCAAACUUUAUCUAACCUCAAACAUAUUUGUAACUGAUAGCAUUGGGCCAACUCUGGCAUGCAUCGCUGUGCGACUUUACCAACAUGCAAUGCAAAUAUAGAUGCACUGAUAAAAUGAAAGUCCAGGCUUCAACGCACAGCACUGUUAUAUUGAACCAAGUUGUAUUGGAUACUGUACAAGAAAAUGAUAAAAUAUAUAUAUACUUUUGUGUAUUUUAUAAAAUGCUCACUAUAUUUUACAUCUACAAUGUAUUAAAAACGUUACACAAUGUAUUUUUUAAUUCACACAUAUUAUAUAGAACAUAAUUGGGGGUAUUCGGCCAACUGCGUCUUAAAUCUAAAGCGUAUAUUUAUCUUUUGCACUUAAUUAUUGUAUAUAUAAUGCAAGUUAUUAAAUGCAGUACAACGUUAUACUACGUAGUUGUUCAGCAGUUGAACGAGUGAAACUUACUUUUACUCGUAUAGCGCAGUGCCAGCCGUUAUAACACUGUUUCACAGGUUGUUCUGUUUCAUACACCUCGUGCCCGCUUACGAGUUACCAAGCAAGUAACAUUAUGGGUAAUUAAAAGUCAUACACACAUUACCCAAGGAUGAUGACAGCAUCCAUCCUCGAACCCGUAACACAUGGCCUGUAGACAGACGUGCUAACCACUGACACAUUGGCAGGCGUGAUAAGUAAACUAGCACGUUAGGACUUUAUAUUUGAUUAAAA